AUGGCCCACGAGUUGAAAGAGGUCGCAGCCUCUGCCAACUCCCUUGAUUCACCUAUCAGUGAUUAUGACAGAAUUCAACUGGAGCGCCUCGGGAAGAAACCAGUAUUGAAGCGAAAAUUCGGCAUCUUCGCAACUCUCGGAUUGAGUUGUACUGUUCUCGGAACGUGGGAGGGACUACUUGGAACAUUCACAACGCCUUUGCAUAAUGGAGGCUCGGCGGGUGCAGUCUAUGCCUAUAUAUUUGCUUGGACAGGCACAGCAUGCUGUUUUGUCGCUCUUUCAGAGUUAGCGUCGAUGGCACCAACAUCUGGAGGCCAAUAUCACUGGUGUGCCAUGCUUGCUCCAAUAAACUGCAUGAAGUUUCUGAGCUACAUAACUGGGUGGGUUGCGGUAGUUGGAUGGCAGGCCGCAUUUGCCUCAGCCGCGUAUCUGUCUGGUACAAUGAUCCAAGGAGUCGCCAUCCUCGCCCACAAACACUACAAAGCCGAAGCUUGGCAGGGUACACUAAUAAUGUGGGCAUGUCUCUUAGUUGCACUUGCUGUGAACUUAUCAGGCGGGAAGCUCUUCCCUCGAUUGGAAAAAGGCAUUCUUAUCCUACACGUCCUGGGCUGCGUGUCAAUUAUCAUACCGCUGGUUUGUCUGGCCGAUCAUAAAACCAAACAAGAAGUCUUCACGAAGUUCCUGAACGGUGGCGAGUUCCCGACUCAGGGUCUGUCCUGGUUUGUGGGAAUUUCCGGUUGUGUGUUUUCAUUUGCGGGAGGCGAUGCUGUAGUCCAUAUGGCUGAAGAAAUCCACAAUGCAGCCAUUGUUAUCCCCCGUGCGAUCAUGUUCAGUGUGCUUAUCAAUGGUAUUCUCGGAUUCGGCAUGUUGAUUGCUGUGUUAUUCUGCAGUGGAAAUAUUCAAGAUGCUCUGGAUGGUCCGACGGGGUAUCCAUACAUCGAAAUAUUCUAUCAGGCGACAGGAUCAACGGCGGGAAGUGUGGUUAUGAGUACUAUUGUACUGGUCAUAGGCAUAUUUGGUGUUAUUGGUAUACUGGCUACGGCAUCACGGCAAAUUUGGUCCUUUUCCAGAGAUCGAGCAGUGCCGGGUUGGCGACUAUGGGUCCAAGUACCCACCUCCACACAGCUCCCGGUGUACUCAAUCCUCCUGACACUUACCAUCUGCUGGCUCCUGGGACUCAUCAACAUCGGCUCCAAAGUGGCCCUUGACGACAUUCUCUCCAUGGCAGUGUCUGGUAUUUACCUAUCCUACCUCGUCGUCAUCGCAUUGCUGCUAUAUCGCCGUUGCAAGGGCGAUAUCUAUCGACACAACGAUAGUGAUGGUGCGAUUAAUGUUCCCGGCGCCAAGUUGGUUUGGGGACCAUUCCAUAUUCCAGGUGUAUUGGGGGCGUUGAUCAAUACAUAUGCACUCAUUUAUAUCCUCAUUGUUAUAUUUUUCAGUUUUUGGCCUUCGCAUAUGUCGCCUACUGUCACGACUAUGAACUGGAGCGUUGUUGGGACUAUUGGAACUGUUCUCUUGGCUGUGAUAUACUAUGUGGUGCGCGCUAGAAAUGUUUACACUGGGCCUGUGUUGGAGACAACUUCAUGA